CUCAAGAUGUUGCCCAGUACUUCACACCCCACCGGCCUACAACAACGUCUCAGUCCUCUGAUAAACUCCAAGUUUCAUUGACUUUCUUGUUUUGCUAUAAUCACGCGUAUUAAUAUUAACUUUGACUUCAGCGUUUUGCUUCUGGCGAGUGUGAGAGCAAGAAAAUAUACCGAUGGCUUGAAAACUUUAUUUGCAUCACUUUUAAGAAACUUAUAAAUAAGACAUUAAAAUCUUCUGCCGGUUGUUAAGAUACUGGAAGACACAGGUAACACUGUACAACUGAAGUAAGGUGGUCUCCAGACUGUGCCGCUUGUUAUAACAAAAUGACACAAACAUUGGAGGUACAGGUAAAGGAAAUGGAAAGGCACCAUUUCUUAGCCUCUCAGGUGUCGAACACAAGUAAUGGGUCCACCAGCGUGGUGAGUGGACGAGCGAGGUCGCAUUCCGUCAUCCCUACACUUACAAAUCAUUCAAGUCGACCUCGAGGUCUCUCUGUCCUCUCCGUCUUUACUAACCGGACUAAUAGGUCUUCCAGAUGUGAGAUGGUGGAGAUGCCGGGGGGAGCGAUGAUGGUGGCGGUGGACGAGGACACCGCCUCCAUCAAGGGCAAGAAGGACAGUUUGACCACCACCAUGACCGUCGGGGGGGUCGCAACACUGCCGGACACAGAACACUUCGACAAGAAAAUCAAGAAGGAGAUGGCUCACCACAGCCCAGCCGUGGGGAACGUCCGUGUUGAAGACGACAUAGAGUCUGUGACAGUCUCAGCCAGGAACCAGAUAGAGGAGGAUGAACCAGUGUUUGCCUUCGGUGCCACCAACCUGCUGCAGCACCUCUGCCUAGCACUGGCCUCUCCUGCUCUCGUCAGACUCCCCGCCCUCGCUUAUAAAUGGAGCAGUGACGAAGGAUCUGGAUUCUUCACUGCAUACGCUGUAUUGAUGAUCGUAUUGGGCGUCCCUUUGUGUUUCCUGGAGCAGACCUUGGCUCAGUUCUCCUCACUCGGUGUCAUCACGAUCUUCAGGUGCCUCCCGCUCUUCACAGGUGUGGGUGUGGGGAUGGUAGCGACGUGCGUGAUCCUGAUGGGUUACAGCAGCACGAUGCUGGCCUGGUUGGCGCGCUACAUGUUCGAUUGCUUGCGUCAGGAAUUACCGUGGACUACCUGCCCCGACAACGAAACCAGCUGUUGGUCUGGUUCUGGACCGGUUCCCCGCCAUCAUCACGGCCAUGAUGACCAGUAUUUCUACAGUCCAAAUGACUUCUACUUCCUGAACACAGUGUUGGGGGUGAUCAACAUGGAAGAUGGACAGUUGUACAACUUUUCGAUGAUAAUCAUCCAGGUAAUCCUGUGGCUGGGUCUGCUGCUGCUGUUGUCGCUGGGCAAGACCUGGCGUACCGGAGUGGUCUCCAAACUGUGGUCUCUAGUUACCAUAGCUAUGCUGUUCGCUCUCACGAUCCAGGGACUCACAAUAGACCAGAGUGGCUCAGGUCUUCGCUUCGUCUUCAAGUGGAAGGGGGACGACCUGAAUGAGCCAGAUAUCUGGCUGGACGCUUUUGGCCAGAUCGUUUGGUCCCUGGGACCCACGCUGGGCCUACUUAUAUCCAGGGCCAGCUACAAGGGCUUCAGGGAAAGAAUUCGCAAGGACGUGUACACUGCCGCAGUAACCAACAUGCUGGUGGCCGUGGUGAUAUGUCUCGCUCUCUUCCCAUACCAGGGCAAGUUCAGCCUCCAUGAAAUAACAGAGAAGACGCCUGGCUACUUCUUCGUCAUCUCGUCGUUCGCUGUGAGUCACCAGAAGCUGCCACAGCUGGCAGGCUUCGUGUUGUACACAGGCGUGUGCGAGGCUUUGCUUCACUACACUAAGAUGUUGGUCUCAACUGUAGUGGUCAGCGUGUCCGACCUGCUGCCGGUCAAAUACAGGAGCGGGACCAGACUCUUCGCCUGCAAAUGUUUUUUUUGUCUCCUAGGUUUCCUUAUCAGUUUACCCUAUAUCAGUAAGAACGGAAUUUUCCUGAUGGAAUCCGUGGAUGCCUACGUACCCUGGGUGUGUGGCCUGGUGAUGGGCACGCUCGAGGUGUUAGGAUUCGUGUAUAUCUACGGUGCAGACAACAUUAGUCGACACUUUAAACAGAUGCAAAAGAGCCAGGUUCAAUACUUUUGCUUAAUCUGGAAGUUCCUGUUGUUACCAUCAUUCAUGGUACUGAUUAUGUGGGCGUCCAUUGAGGGCGUAAGUGGUCCAGUAAAUUGGAAUAAGAUACAUCUGGAGACCUCCAGGGAAAAGAUGUAUGAGACCAUUGGUCUUAUCAUGGCUGUUCUUCCACCGGUCCUGGUGCUUGUGACCACAUUCUUCCUCCUGGUACACACACGUCAGCCUGUGAAGUCACUGCUAGUGCCCUGGGAGACGUGGGGUCCAGCACUACAGCAACACAGAGCUCUCUACACUCCUAGUAUUCUCAGAGCCAAGAGCAAGGCCCCUUACCUUAUUAUUCACAUGGAGACAGACAGUGCAGAUGAAGUAAACGAGAAAGGCUGGCUUCCCUAUGGCUACUUCAUGAUCCCACAGAAGUCUCCUACCAAAUACGUGAUAACAGCCAACUCACCAGUGGACACAUCCACCAAGGAGAAGAUCGCUAAGUAUCUCAAGUCACAGUUCGGCUCUAUGGGGGAUGAAGAAAGUGUGAGUAGCAGCAAUAAUGACCUGGACAGCCACAGCAUCACAGAGGACAAUUUUAGGAGCAACAUGGGUCGUAUUAGGCGCUAUGGAGUCACCAAGUUGGCCUGGGCAGACCUACAUCAUGCAGAACCAAUGUCCGGGUCUUCUCUGGCGUCUGGUGUGCUUCUCCGACCAAAUAACCUGUUGUUAAUGGAGAUAGACCCACAGGAGCCCAGCGGACACUCCUGUGAUAACCCUGCCUACGAAGUUUGAGCGAACAUUCCUGUGAUAACCUUCGUAUGAUUCUGGGCAGUGACAACGUGGAACACUCGUGUAUCAGUCUGGAGAGUGACAACGUGGAACACACAUUGAUGACUGAGAUAUUAAGGUGCUCUGUUACCAUCGGAAAAUUAUGUAAAAGCUGUGAGCUUGGACCCAAUUUCUCCAGGACGGUACUUUAAUAUUUGUGACGAGCUCUUGGUCCACGACACUGAAUCUGUCCUCUUCCUGGGAUCAGACUCGAUUUUCUCCCAAUACUAUUUAUUAUUAUUAAUCCAAUUUUGUGACUCUAGAGAAACUAAAGCACUUGGUCUACCUAAACCUGACUAAGUACUUUAAAUUCGUAUGCCCAUAAGUUUAACAUAUCCACUUAAAGAGUUAAUAUACUAUACCUAUUUUUUGACUUCUCACGUUUUACUUACACAUACAGAGUGCCUGGAGUUUACCUGGAGAGAGUUCCGGGGGUCAACGCCCCCGCGGCCCGGUCUGUGACCAGGCCUCCUGGUGGAUCAGAGCCUGAUCAACCAGGCUGUUGCUGCUGGCUGCACGCAAACCAACGUACGAGCCACAGCCCGGCUGGUCAGGAACCGACUUUAGGUGCAACGGACAAAUGAACUAGCAGCAGCAACACUCACAGCAAGAGGCAUUCUUGAGCUUCCCCAGCGCUCAGACGUGAUGUCUAAAGCUGGGGGUGACUCCAAAAGGAUCCUGUAGUGUUUGCUGCCUUUGCACCUCCUGACAUCGUCUGUUGCUAUGCAGCUGCCAUACCUUUCGAGCCCAGUGUGGGCGGUGUUUGUGGCAGCACAAGAUGCCUAGCUUCUCCCUCCGAGCCCCGUGGGGGCGGGGAUGGGGGCUAGGCCUGGGGACAGCUAGUCCCAGAAGACGAGGAGGUACUUGUACCUCCACCCAUGUCAGACAUUAGUCUGAGACACUCCCACGAAAGGGAGCCAAGGCCGGGCCACCACUUGGAGAAGGCCCGGGCCGGGCGAUUAUACCGGCGAAUCUACAACAACGUUUUACGUGGUCCUAUCUUAAAAUAUUAUUUAAUAUAAAUUAUAUAUCUAUACUGUUAACACAAAUAAAUACUGCUGCUAAAAUAUAAUGUUUAGAAAACUAAUUACCAAGAACAUUCUAUAUUCUGCAAGCAUCGCUUGAGUGAAUGCAUUUUUUAAUAUAAUGUAUUUUUUAUAUAAAAAUAUUGAUAUUUA